AUGAGCGAUGCAAGUAUACCAACUAUAAUACAAUCAAUUAAGAAUGACUUAAUAGAAUUAAUAACAUUUAUUCAAUCUAAUAAUAAUAGGAAUUCAUUUCCUUAUAAAACUUUAGUCUCUAAGAUAAAUGAGAAUAUUAAUAAGUUUGAACAAGAUCCUUCUCCAUUAGAUAAGAAUUUAACUAUAUUUAUUAGUUUAAUUACUGAGACUCUUUUACCUUUAAUUAAGAAUAAUAAUUUUCAAAAAAAUGAAUUAUUUAUUAUUUAUUUGAGUCAAAUUUAUUAUAAUUUUUCAAAAAUUUUUAAUUGGAAAAAACUAUCAUGUUAUUUAAAAGUUGAUAUUCAUUUAUUACAUGAUAUAUUGAAUAUUUUAAAUUAUAAUUCAAUUAAUAAUGAGAAUAAUAAUAAUAAUAAAAAUAAUUGGUAUAUGAAUUAUUUAUUAUUAUCAUGGUUGUAUACAAUUCUUUUAUCACCAUUUAAAUUUGAUCAUGAUAAUUUAGAUAAUAAUAUUAUUAAAUUAAUUAAUUUAAAAUAUUUUAAUAAAAAUAAGGUUUAUCAAUCAAUUAUUGCAAAUAUUUUUGCAGAAUUAUAUUAUAAAUUAAGACAAAAAUUNGAAGAAUUUUAUAUGAUUAUAAUAAAAAUUUUACCAAAAUUAUUUUUUAUUGAAUUAUAUUUUCAAAAUUGGUCAUCAUUAGAAGAUAUUAUAUCUUGGUAUUUAUUAAAUUUAAAUUCAAAUUUUACAGAAUUUAGAUUUUCAAUUGCUCAUUCUUUUCAAAAAUUAAUUAAUUUAAUCACAAAAUAUAUGGAAAUUGAUAUUGCAAAAGAUUUAGUUAAUAAAAUAAUUGAAAAGACUAUUAAAUUAAUUCAAAUUGAUAAAAAUUUUAUUAAUAUUGAUCAAUUACAUAGUCAAUUAAUUAUUAUUGCAGAAUUAUCAGAUUUUAUCUUAAAUCAUUUGCCAUUAUCAAAUUUACUAAACAUUAUUAAUAUUAUUUUACCAAUAACAUUUAAAUUUCAAUUAUUAAAUAAUAAUAAUAUUAGUAAUAGUAAAUGUGGUGUAUCUUUAAGAGGUAAUCAAAUUAAAGAUGCCACAAAUUUUAUUUGUUGGUCAUUGGUUAGAAAUAAAUUUUUUAAAAAAAAUAUUAUAACAAAUACAAAAAAUGAUAUUUUAUUAAUAAAAUCCUUAAAUGAUAAUAUUUUUAUUAAUUUAUUAAUGAAUUCUUUAUUCGAUAAAGAUUUUAUUAUUAGAAAAUCUUCAAAUGCUGCAUUGCAAGAGUAUUUAGGUAGAAUCAAUUACAUUAUAAAUGGAUUUAAUCAAAAUUAUAAUCAAGAUAAAUCAUUAUUAAUUUUAGAUAAUUUGACUAUUAUGAAAUUAAUUGAAUUAAAAUUUAGUGAUUUAAACUUAUCUUAUAAAAGAAAUUUAAUUUCACUUAAUACAAUUUUUAAUUCAUCAUUAUUUUUUAAUAAAGUUAUUGAUUGGUUUAUUAAUUAUAAUAUUCUUUCAAAUUUAGAUUAUCAAAUUGUUAAAUUAUCUAUUGAAUCAUUACAUGUGUUCAUGAACACUAUUAAAUCAACUGACUGUACUAAUAAUAAUAACAACAAAAGUAACAAUAUUAUCUCUGAUAUGAUAAAUACGUUAUUAAACGAUAAAUCUAAUUUUAACUUUCCAUCAAAAUGUGCAAGAUUAUUGUAUUUAAUAACAGAAUUAAACGAAUAUUUAUAUAUUGAUAAACACGUACUAUCUGACCUAUACGACAAAGUAAUCUCAUCACAAUGGCACGUAACGAAAAAUAAUGAAGAUUUUUUCAAAUUAUUAUCAAUAAUGAAAUAUUGGAAACUAUAUCUAAAUAAAUCCAAUGGGAUCACAUUCGAUGAUGAAAUGUCAAUUUUUUUAUUUAAAGAAAUUAUUGGAAGUAUUCAAACCAAAAGUUCAUGUAUAUGGUAUGAUGAUUUCAGUAAAUUAUUCAUUGAAAUUUUAAAAGUUUUAUCAAAUGGUUCCAAUGAUUUAUCGAUAUUUAAUAACGAUGAGAAAACAAGAAAAAAAUUCUUUCAACUAUAUCAUAAAUAUAUUUCCUUUAAUAAUGAGCUAGCCUGUGCGUCUUUACCUUCCUUACCUACAAAGGAAUUUUUCACAUUAUUUUUGAGAUAUAAAGAAACAAUGUCAUGCCAAUGUAAAGCAUCAAUGAUUAAAACGAUCACCAAUGAUAAUACUUCUGUUAUUUUCCAUGACAUGUUAUUACCAACGAAUCAUGACAACAUGUUUAUUGAUAUGAUACAUGACUUCUUGGAUGAUCAUACUACUACUGAACAAGGUGAUGUUGGAAGACUAGUAAGAGAAGAGGCAUGUAUACUGGUAGAUAAACAUUUUAAUGAUCUCCCCAGUGAUGUACAAGAAAAAAUUGCCAUUCAACUUUUAUUUUUACUGGCAGAACCAUCUGAAGAAAUUAGCUUAUUAUCAUUGAGUAUAUUACAAAAAAAUGUAUUACCGCAAUUUGAAUAUCAUGAGGAAAGACAUAAUUUAAAUAUACUCAAGUUGAAGGAUAAAUUUUUCUCGAGAGAAUCUGUUAAGUCAGAACAAUUUAAACAUGAAAAGAUUGAAUUCUGGCAACAUUAUGCAGCAAGAGGUGGUGCAUUCCACUCAACAGACCAACAAAUCACAGAUUCUAUAGAUGACUUUAUCAUUUGGUAUGAAGAAACUGUAAAAUCUACAGAUGAUAAAAUUUUAAUAUUUCAUGAACUCAUCAAUUCUAUCCCAUCAGCAGCCGUUAUUAUUCGUGAAAAAAAUGAAUUAGAAAGAUCUAAAAUUAUCAAAAAAGCACUCUUAUGUAUCAAUUUUAUUAUAAGAUUGAUAUCUUCAAAUGUUAUUUUUGAUACCAAUAAUUGGAAUGGGAUCUUAAUAAAGAUACAUAAUUUAUUGAUCAUAAAGGGCUCCACUACAUUAAAAACCACGCUCGUAAAAUUUCUUCCAUAUUUAGCAAUUGCAUAUUCAAACGCAAACUCAAAUGGUCCUGAUCUUUCAUUUAUCAACAGUGUUAUUGAAAAGUUAUUUCAUGUCCUUGAAAAAUCUAGUGAUCAGAAGGACAAAUCUUCAAUUAUAAGGGUUACACUUCAAUCUCUGACUCAGAUAUAUUUGGAAAGAAAGGACUCCGUACCAAUUGAACAUUUGAAAAUACUGAUAAAAUCCAAUUUUUCAAAGGACAAUCUAAAUGUUUCGAAUUAUUAUAUACAUGAAUAA